ACAUUAAAGAUGUUUAGGUGCUUUUUCCACUGUUUCUUCCGCGUAUGCGGGAAACGGCAGAAAAAACCUUCCAAAGAACUUUCUUUUAUAUUAUCAACUGAAACAUCAACUGAAAAUGUUGUGAAACAACCAGAACAACUUACUUCAGAAAUCAUUGUGAAACAACAAGAUGAGAUUAUUGAACACGAAAUUGUGAAACAACCAGAACAAAUAACUGUAGAAAUAAUUGAGAAACAACAAGAUGAAAUUAUUGAAGAAGAAAUUGUGAAACAACCAGAACAAAUGACUACAGAAAUGAUUGUGAAACAACAAGAUGAGAUUAUUGAACACGAAAUUGUGAAACAACCAGAACAAAUAACUGUAGAAAUAAUUGAGAAACAACAAGAUGAAAUUAUUGAAGAAGAAAUUGUGAAACAACCAGAACAAAUGACUACAGAAAUGAUUGUGGUAAUCACUUUUAAAGAAAUGGUGUCAUCUGUACUGUAACUUAUGUUUUCUCUUAACGAAUCCAAGCUUAUUUAUUUUUUUAUUCUUCCCUAGAAACAACAAGAUGAAA